CUGCUUGAUCUAACAGAUGAGAGGCCAGACAAACAACAAUAUAGCAGCCUACCCAGACCUGGAAAACAUGGAACAACUAGUAAACCAUUAAAAGCAGUGAAAAACUGGAUUUCCGACGAGCAGGCGAAAAUAGCUAAAUCGGGUUUAGAAAUGAAAAUGAUGUCUUCUGAGAUGGAUGCAGAGACUGAAAAAUGGCAAGGAGCUGAUGAAAACAACGACAUUGUGAAGAGGGCGAAAAAAUAUGUCUUCCAUGGCCUUCGCUAUGUACCAAUUCACAAAAGAUUAUAUAAAAUCGUCCGGCAAUUUUCCUAUCAGGUACCUGCCGGAACAAUAAAGAAAGAGUUACUUGAACAUUUAGAUAAAGUUCCAACGUACGUACAACAGCUUCAGUUCACCGUGAAGGAGCCAACUGUAGGCCGAGCGGCGACCUUUAGCAAAGUAGAUAACGUCAUUCAAGAAACUAAACAUUUAAUGAAUGUCAUCAGCAAAGUCGUCACUACUUGCUUCGACUGCGCAAACAAGGGUCUUAUACCGUUGGGACAAAGCGAUAAAACAAAACCUCAACAAAUACAGGGGGCGAUUCGUACAAAUUGGACUUCACGGGUCUGUCGGCUGCGGGAGCAGGAAGAGGUAGCUCCAGGGACGAGGAGGCUGCGGGCGGAGGAGGGGGAGACGCGAAGCCCGGGGGGAGCUCCUCGGAGUCGGCCAUGUGACAGUACGGCAUGGGCCGGCGCGGCAAGGGCGACGCGCGCCGGACCAGAGUCAGCUUCCUCUUGUUUUAAGACAAACGUCUUGAAACUCGUCGCCACCGCCGGCAGGACAAACGGUUGA